AUGUUUGGUACAACAACUCUAGUAAGCAGGUCAUUCCUAACAAUUUUGAUAUUAUUGACAUUAUACUUUCUUGGAAUGGACCUUUUGUUGUAUUCUAGAAUACAAAAUUAUGAUGUAAGACCUACAUUAAAUGGUACACCAUAUAUUUCAAUCAUACCUUGUGAUUUUAAUCCAUUAUGUACAGUGACUGUAAAAGGAUUAAUGCUUGAUCAUCCAAAUCAUUUUCUUCUGAGCCCUCUUGCAGCUAUCAUGGAUGAUUUAUUGCAAAUAAGUAGCUCUUGGAUAUGGGUGACACCAAAUGCAAUCAGUUGUUUUCAUAUAUUCAUAGCAGUGGCAGCUGGUAAAUGUGUAUCAAGUGAUUCAUUAUCUUAUAGACGCUUAGGUGUAAUAAUUUUUCAAGCAAGGACAUGGUUGGAUGAUUUAGAUGGACAUGUUGCUAGAAAAAGAGCAAAGAUUAAUGGUGAACGAUCAGAUAUUGGUUCAACUGGUUAUAUUAUUGAUGGUAUCUGUGAUGGUUUGGGUUGUGUUGCUUUUAUUAUUGGCCUAUAUCAAUUUCUUGCCCGUAACUCAAGUAGACGUGGAGGUUAUGAUAAGCUGCCUCAACUUCCUGUAUCUUCAGUUCUGGAACCUGGAAAUGUAACAUUGAAAACAUCAAAUGCAGCAUUUCGUAAUAUAUUACUUAUGACCGUCCAUUUGUUCCUCACCAGUGCCGCCUGGAAUCGAUAUAUAUCUUUAUACCAGGAUCUUCUUGAGACUGAUUAUAGAACACCAUCAAUUAGUAGAGAACAUCUUUAUGAUAGACAAACAACUAUAUUCAGAAGUUCAUCUUUUUCAGUAAUAGCUUUUUGCUGGAAAUUUUUAAAUUUCCAUGCUGUCAUGGAUUAUCUGCUUUUGGCAAUAUUUUUUGAUCGUAUGCGAGAAUAUAUCAGGCUUGUAAGAUGGUCUCCAUUUGUUAUUGUAUUAUUACUUGUUUAUAUAACUGAAUUUCAUUUUUUACGGGCCUAUACAUAUAUACAAGAAGUACCAUCAUUAAUUGAUGAAGAGAUAUCUUCAUCUGAUGUCUUUACUCAAGGAUGACAGUGUAAAUCUUGGAAAAUAUUGUUUUGUAUAUUUAUUUUUUACCGGUGAUAUAUAAUAAUUACAAUAACUAUUGUAUACUUAAAUUUGCAAAUUUGUCUAUAAAAAUAUCUUGAUAAAA